ACAGGAGACCGGGCUGAGCGACCCGUCACGUCCAUCCACACCAGCUCGCUCCCUCUCCACCCGGCAGAGGGCGGUAGAGCGCCCUCCCCGCCGGCCCCUCCUCCCCUCGCAGCCGCGGCUGCAGUGUAAUCAGGCGGCUCCAGGACCGAGGCGCUCCGCAGCUGCUGCACUUUGCUGUUUGAUAAGACUUCGAGGAAGAAGAGAACCGCAAACCUCCAUCCUGACCUCGGACUGCUCUCUCUCUCCCUCAAGGUGGACCCAGGACGGUUAACGCAGCCUUGUGAUCAUCCACUGCAACUUCUGUAGUUCAGACUUUUUCAUGUGUUUUUGCUCCGUGGAAGUGGGACGCUGCGCGUGAGAGAUUCCCGUGAACCUGGAGAAGAAGUGAAAUUUGAAUUUUAUUGGACUCUUGUUCCUCUUGUUUCCCCCCUCGGGAAGGACGAGUGGGAGCGAGGAGAGCGCGCUGCUUUCGCGCACGAAGGUGGGUCUGGUCCGCGGGCGCAGUGCCACCUCCGACGGACUCUCGCUCCAUAAAUGCCCGGUCCGUGGGAGCUCCAGGCCGGGCAGCAAGAUGAGAUCGUGGGUACAGCUGCUGCUCCUGCUGCUGGCGGCGUGUCCGCGGUUUGUCGUGGCCGAGGUGAGUCCCCGAGCUCAGAGGAGAAACGAGGGUUCGGUGCUGUGCCUCUCCGAGACUCGCCCACGUGUUGAGUGGAUCAGGAGAAGCGGGCUGGCUCCCUCCUGUCGGAAGAUGUUAAGAGUCUGCUGUGGUCCCACCACUGGCAGCAGUGGACCCCAAGUCUGAGGAGAUGGUUCUCCUGGAGUUUCAGUCCCAUCAGGAGGGGGCGACUCUGAAGAACAUCGCCGUUAAUCCUCACAUUGACUGCGCCCAGGGGCUCGCUGGGUCCUCUGUGGUGUUUGGCUGGAAACUGCCUGGAGCUGCAGCUGGGAGCAGAUGUCGCACGCUCGGCGUGUUGAGCAGCAGCCACUCCCACCUGGCAACCUUUCCAGGGUGUCCCCUGCCUCCCUGUAGCGGUGGUUGCGUGGAAGCCUUGCUCCGUCAGAGCAGCCUGAAACUCACUUUCCAGCUCUAAAAUGAUCCACACGUUUGGCCCAAAUGCUGGUACCUAAGAACAGAGCUGAGCCAGAAGGCUUCAACUGUUGCAGUGCAAUAUGAAGCAGUAUGUCUGAGGUCAUGGUAGAUAAGGUCGAUGCUGGAACUCAGAGCAGAGCAGUGUCCAUGACCAGCCGUCGACGCCUGUGACUCUUGUUAUUUUAAAGGCAGACACGCCUAUCAAUAGGCUUCUGUCCAGGUCAUGAAAGUGUGUGUUGGGAUCCCAGGACUUGAGAGGGAACAGCAGCUGUAACCGUCCUGGUGGUGGAAGAGAAGCUGGGCAGUGAGACCUGAACACCUACAUGCAAGGGUGAAACCAUCGCCAUGGCAACCCCCAUAAUGUGCUGCUGUCAUUCGAAGGGGGAGCCUCUUCCUGUAGCUCUGGUGGAGCUGGUUAGAGACACGCCCAUCUCCUCCAUCCAGGACCUGCAGCGGCUGCUGCUCUCAGACUCCACAGAUGAGGAGGGGAACUCGGCUGCUGCUGGAGGUCACAGGUCGCCGCGGAGCUUAGGUGCUGAGCCGGCACAGCAGGCUCUGUGCAAAGUUCGGACAGAGGUGGUGGAGGUCACCAGGUCCAUGUUGGACCGCAGCAACGCCAACUUUCUGCUGUGGCCGCCGUGUGUGGAGGUGCAGCGCUGCUCUGGCUGCUGCAACACCAAGAGCCUGCAGUGCGUGCCGUCCCGCACCAACACCCGGUACCUGCAGGUCAUGAAGGUGGAGUACAUCAACAUGAGUCCCACCUACGCCAAGGCUGUGGUGUCUGUGGUCGACCAUGUGGAGUGUCGCUGUCAGGCGGCUCCAGCGCCGAAGAAGAAGUCCAGCCGCCGGCAGAACGGGCCACACAAGGAGCAGCACUGGAACCAGACUGUCAGCCACGAACAGGUGAAGGUUCACUCCAAAGAUGAGCUCCAUCACCGGGAUGGUCUGAAGCAGAACCAGGGUUCUCACCUGCAGGACCUUCUGCAGCAUCACUGGAGCCCCCGAGGAGACACCUUCACUCAUGGGGGCUUCAGCCUGGCCAAGGGGAACCAGCACGGGGAGCCCGCCCUCGACACUCCGCGCUGGACAUACAACUCCACUGGACAGUUGGGAGGAAACAAGUCUGAGGAGCUGGUGGAAGCGGGGCUCACAGGUACUGAAGGGAACACUAGUGAGGGCGGGGAGGACAGGUCCCUCACCCCUCAGGCCAAGCCUGGUCCGUCUCAGGCCACAGUCCUGAGCAGGUUCCGGCCCACUAAAGAACCAAACCCAGAUCCUCGGAGGGAGAACGACACUCCGGAGGAGGAGAGCAUUCUGAAGCUGGAGGAGAAAAUACUGGAGCAGGAGAGAAGAGAGCUGCUUCUGCUGCACCAGAGGCUGGACCAGGAGAAGGAGCUGCUGAGACAGAAGAAGAGAGAAGAGCUGCACACCACCCUGAGACCAGUCACAGGCACCACGCAGAAACCAGUAGCUCCAGCAGCGCCCAGACCUCCUGCUCAUCCCAAGAGGAGGAUGAGGAAGAACCGCAGACGGAUCAGCAAGGCGGCCAUGAGGGCCAUGCUGAUGUAGAAUGUCCAUCAGAGCACGAGAACCUUGGAGGACUUUUUGGACGCAGGAGAGCGUCGGGUCAGUAUUUAGGCUCUGGUGGUCCAGAGUUCUGUCGGUAACACUACUAAUGACUGCUGCUCCUGGAGGAAAGACUCGGGUCUCUGUCACGUCCGGAGGAAGCUUGGAGCCGCUCAUGUGAGGCGGUCGUCGUGACAACGCUGGCCGACAGGAGCGGCUCUCCGGAGCGGACACUUCUUCUGCAGCACUGAUAUCAGAGCCUGGAGCAGCGAGUGUUCUUCUCUUUAACAUGUUUCCUAAGCUAAAAGCUGGUGCCGUUUAAGCCUUCUAAUGCCGGAUGUCGUCCUCAUGUGCUUCUUUUAUUUAUUUUUCCACACGGCUGCUGUGGAGUAACCCUCCUGUACGAACACUGGGAGGACGCGGCAUCUGACUUCCUCUCUUUGACAGAGAGUCUUCCACCGACAGUGUUUAGGUCCAUCCCCUGGUGCUCCUCUCAGGAACCCUGGUCUGGGACUGCUGCGGCUCUGUAGUGGGGCGGGCAGCAGAGGUGGGGGGAGGAGCUCAGACAUCGGGGAGAGGCUCAGACUAGAACCAGUGGAGGAGACGUCGGCUGCUGCCCCCGCGACCUGACCUGCAACCAGAGGUCCAGGAGAAGCUUGACUGCGGAGGAAGUGCCGCGACGGUCAGACUAACGCCAAACAAAGCCACGGCCUUUAAGUUAUUUAAAUCCACAACCAUCAUCCCUUUGUGUAGCUGAUGUCCAACUGAUCAUAAUGUUGUCUGUCUUCAUGAAUUCACUUCUUUUUUAAAGAGAAGCUCAAGUGCUUAAAACUGCUUCUGGUUUGUGUU